CUCCGAAAUGCAAUGGUGAAUCGGAAAACAGGGAAAUUCUCCAUGGAAGUGAAGAAGACAGUGGACAAAGGGAAGCGGGUAUUGGUGAUGACAAAUGACUACUAUUAUACAGACAUCAAGGGUACUCCGUUCAGUUUAGGUGUGGCUCUCUCUAGAGGACAUGGAAAAUAUUUCUUCAGAGGGAAUGUAACUGUAGAAGAAGGUUUACAUGAUUUAGAACACCCUGAUGUAUCUUUAGCAGAUGAAUGGUCCUAUUGCAACACUGACUUACAUCCUGAACACCGUCAAAUGACUCAGUUAGAAGCAAUUAAACGCUACCUCACAGGAAAAGAGCCAUUGCUCCAAUGUGAUAAAGAAUUGAUCCAAGAAGUUCUGUUUGAUGCAGUCGUGAGUGCACCAAUUGAAGCUUAUUGGACCAGCCUAGCAUUAAAUAAAUCUGAAAACUCUGACAAGGGAGUGGAAGUUGCCUUCCUUGGAACACGGACUGGACUAUCUCGUAUCAACCUAUUUGUGGGUCCGGAACAGCUUACUAAUCAAGAUUUCCUGACAGCUGAAGAUAAGGAGAACAUUUUUAAUGCUGACCAUUUUCCACUCUGGUACAGAAGAGCUGCUGAGCAAAUACCUGGGAGCUUUGUCUAUUCAAUCCCAUUUAGUACAGAAACAGCAAACAAAAGCAAUGUAGUGACAGCCAGUACUGCUAUUCAACUUUUGGAUGACAGAAAAUCUCCAGUUGUUGCAGCUGUAGGUAUCCAGAUGAAACUUGAAUUUUUCCAGCGGAAGUUUUGGACCGCAAGCAGACAGUGUGCGUCUCUUGAUGGCAGAUGUGCUAUAAGUUGUGAUGAUGAAGCAAUCAAUUGUUACCUAAUAGAUAAUAAUGGUUUUAUUUUAGUGUCUGAAGACUAUAGGCAGACCGGUUACUUUUUUGGGGAGGUUGAAGGUGCUGUGAUGAACAAGUUACUAACAAUGGGCUCCUUUAAGAGAAUUACACUUUAUGACUACCAGGCCAUGUGUAGAACAAACAAAGAGAGUAGCGACAGUGCCCAUAGCUUACUGGACCCUUAUAAUGCCUUCUUUGCUGCAGUAAAAUGGAUUAUGACUGAGCUUGUCUUGUUCCUUGUGGAAUUUAAUCUAUGCAGUUGGUGGCACUCUGAUCUAACAGCAAAAGCGCAGAGGUUGAAACAAACCCUAGAGCCCUGUGAUACUGAAUAUCCAGCUUUUGUUUCCGAACGCACUAUAAAGGAGACCAUGGGGAAUAUUGCUUGCGAUGACUGUUUCAAGUCUUUUGUUAUACAGCAAAUCCCAAGCAGCAAUCUCUUCAUGGUGGUAGUAGAUAAUGAGUGCUUCUGUGAUUCUGUCCCACCAAUUACCAUGGCACCUAUAGAAAUAAGGUAUAAUGAAUCCCUUAAAUGUGAACGUUUAAAAUCUCAGAAGAUAAGAAGACGUCCAGAAUCUUGUCACGGGUUUCACCCUGAAGAAAAUGCAAGAGAAUGUGGUGGUGUCUCAGGCCUUGGUGCUAAACCUCCUCUUGUUCUUCUUCCUCUGCUAUUGACGAUUUUCUCAAGGUGACAUUGACUGAUGUGUUCGAUUGGCAUGCUAAUACAUGGAUAAACUGUGAACUGGGAAAUGGUGCAACAUAGAGGACAUGAAAUAUAGUCAGAACAUCAGCAUUUCAUGAUUUUAAACUGUUGGUGAUAUAAAUUCUUAAAGAUAUGUUGAAAAAAGAUUUAUCUUUUUACUUUGCAAGUCAUGCAGAUGUGAAUUUGGCAUAUGGUAGUCAUGAUUCAUCAAAAAAGGACUUGGUAGAUAGAGGUGACCAUUGCUUUGUCCCAUUGAAAACAAUUUAAAACUGUGUACUUUUUUCAAUAAAGUAUAUUAAAAUCACAA